AUGUCGCGAAUGUUGGCCGCGAAGGCGUCGCUCGCCACCCGAGUGGACGCGUUGGGCGAGGAGUCGGGCAAUGAGUUGGGGAUCGAACACAGGGCUAAACUCGAGGCGCGACUCAAGUUCCUGGAAGAGGGCGGCCUCCGAGCCAUCAGUGGGUCCGGCAAACGGAGGGCUAAGAUAGAGAAGUACGACAACAAAUCACAGGUCCAUACAUACAAAGCCGCCUCCGAUUCGACGUUCGCGCCACAAGUGAAGCGAAAGUUCGACGAACCGGACGAAGAGGAGGCGCAGGAGGAAGAGGUGGCCGAAGAGAAGACACCCAAAGACAAGAAGAAGAAAAAGAAGUUGAAGACAGAGGUGGAGGAGGAGGAGAUGGAAGAGGAGGUCGAGAGUCCGCCCAAAAAAGUGAAGAAAGAAAAGAAGUCCAAAUCGAGUGAAGAACCCGCAGAAGAAGCGGCUGAAGACGAGGCCGAAGAAGAGACCCCUAAGAGUAAGAAGAAGAAGAAGAAGAGAAAUCAGGAUUAG